CUCUCGAUUUGAUGCUCACAUUACACUAGAUUCAGAGCUUGGGCUCAUCAUUUUAAUCCCUCAAAAUUGAUUGAGCUAGCUUGCCUAAAUGAUAAUGCCAGUGUGGUUUCAAAGUUGAUGUUUCAGAUAUAUGCAUGUAGCUGAUACAGAAGACUGAAUUUGGUGGUUUCUCAUCUGGGUUAAAUUCAUGAUGAACAGAAGGUUUCUUAUGGAUUUGUUCGGAUCCACAAAAGUUUCAUGGCAACCAGCCAUGAAUGAGGAUACAACCACAUCAGAUUACUGGUUUAAUUGGAGAGUACUACUUUGUGCCAUUUGGGUAAUCAUUUCGAUGGCUUUUGCAUCUUUUCUCAUAUGGAAAUAUGAAGGCUUCCGCGAGUCGAAUCGUGGAGAAACAGACCAAGAAUCGCCAGGAACUUUGUUUGAUGAUGAAACUUGGCGGCCAUGCUUAAAAGGAGUCCAUCCUGCUUGGCUCCUAUCAUUCAGAGUUAUUGGUUUCUUUGUUCUUUUGCUAUUGCUAGUUGUCACAGCUUUUGUAGAUGGAAGCAGCAUUUUUUACUUUUAUACUCAGUGGACUUGUACGUUAAUCACAGUCUAUUUUGGACUUGGAUCAUUACUCUCCAUAUAUGGAUGUUGCCAAUAUCAGAAAAGACUUAGUGGUGAAAAGGUUGGUAAUUUGGAGAUGGAUGCGGAGAAUGGAACUUAUGAGGCUUCUGCUCGAGGUGAAAAUUCGAACAAUGCUGCAAAAGUCACAAACUCUAAUGAAGAAGCUGAUGUUCGCCAAUAUGCUGGCUUCUGGGGCUAUGCCUUUCAAAUAAUUUACCAGAUGAGUGCAGGGGCUGUUUUGCUCACAGAUUGUGUUUUUUGGUUCGUAAUUGUUCCAUUUCUUGAAAUCAACAAUUACAAUCUGAACAUUUUAAUCAUAAAUAUGCACACAAUAAAUGCUGUUUUCCUGCUGGGUGAUGCUUCUUUGAAUUGCUUGCGCUUUCCUCUAUUUCGUGUUGCAUACUUCUACAUAUGGACAGUGACUUAUGUUAUAGUCCAAUGGAUUGUUCAUGCUUGUGUUAAACUAUGGUGGCCAUAUCCAUUUCUUGACUUGUCAUCUUCAUAUGCCCCUCUCUGGUACUUUUCAGUAGCAGUAAUGCAUAUCCCAUGCUAUGGCGCAUUCGCUGUAACGAUAAAAUUGAAACACUACCUGCUGUCAAGAUGGUUCAAAAAUUCUUAUCAGUGUGCAAGAGGAAGAGAUAGGAAAGAAACAGCCUCUACAGCAUACAUGAGAGUUAUUGAUUUCUUCAUUCUGUAUAGUUAGUUUUGGAGAAUACAGAAACCCUGAAUCCAGAAAUUAACAUUCUUAAUUUUAUUAUAAUCCAUUUAUAUGGAUAAGAGGCAUAAUUGUAACCACAUUAUACAAGUUUAUAGACAAGUUCAUACAAAUUCUUAGACCCUCCCAA